AGGUUUUUCUCCUUCCCCUUCCAUGUUGUCUUCUAUAUUAUCUCGCUCAGCCAAACAAACCACUCGUUCAUGGCUCAAGCCUGCUCUCCACAGGAGAACGAUAAUUUCAGCUACUUACAACGCUGCCGUUGCUGGCUUGACGACUGAGCAAGCUGAGCUUCGAGAAGCUGUGCAUCAAUUUGCCCAAUCUGAAUUAGCCCCCCGUGCCACGGAAAUUGACAAGGACAACACCUUUCCAAUGGAUAUGUGGAAGAAGUUCGGAGAUAUGGGCCUUUUGGGUAUUACAGCUCCAGAAAAGUAUGGCGGUUUAGGAUUGGGCUACAUGGAACAUACCUUUGUUAUGGAGGAAAUUUCUCGAGCAAGCGGAUCAGUUGCCUUGAGUUACGGUGCCCAUUCCAACCUCUGUGUCAACCAAAUUGUUAGAAACGGUAAUGAGGAACAAAAGCAAAAAUACCUCCCCAAGUUGAUCAGUGGUGACCAUGUUGGUGCCUUAGCCAUGUCUGAGCCUGGUUCUGGGUCUGAUGUUACCAGCAUGAGACUACGCGCCGAGAAGAAGGGUGAUAAAUACAUCUUGAACGGCAACAAGUUCUGGAUCACAAAUGGUCCCGAUGCUGAUGUGUUGGUUGUAUAUGCCAAGACGGAUCCUCAGGCUGGUGCUAGAGGAAUUACUGCUUUCUUGAUUGAAAAGGGCUUCAAGGGCUUUUCUACUGCUCAAAAACUUGACAAAUUGGGCAUGCGCGGUUCCAACACCUGUGAACUUAUAUUCGAGGAUUGUGAAGUACCAGCCGAGAAUGUCCUCGGACAAGUAGGAAAGGGUGUCUAUGUUCUUAUGAGUGGAUUGGACUUGGAGCGACUAGUCUUGUCUGGUGGACCAUUGGGUCUCAUGCAAGCUGCCUUGGAUAUCACCGUUCCAUAUGUUCAUGAGCGAAAACAGUUUGGUCAAGCUAUUGGCGAGUUCCAACUUGUCCAAGGAAAGGUUGCUGACAUGUACACUAAGCUCAAUGCAUCAAGAGCCUAUGUGUAUGCUGUAGCUCGCGCUUGUGACAAUGGACAAGUCAGCAACAAGGAUUGUGCUGGUGUUAUUCUUUAUUCUGCUGAACGCGCUACUGAAGUCGCCUUGGAUGCUAUCCAAUGCCUUGGCGGAAAUGGAUAUAUCAAUGACUUUCCCACUGGUCGCAUUCUGCGAGAUGCCAAACUCUAUGAGAUUGGCGCCGGUACCAGUGAAAUUCGUCGCAUGCUUAUCGGUAGAGAAUUUAACAAACUAUACAAGUAAAGUAGACGAUGGAUUUGACAUUUAGACAUUCCUGUUACAAUAUCUACCAUAGAUGACAUUUGGCUUCGGUGUUCAUUGGCGCUUUUGGAGGGCAUUUGAAAGCUUUGGCGAAU